ACUUAGUACUUGAACACUACAAACCUUUGUGCUUCUACUCUAGACGUUUGGAAAAAAGGGGAGGGGUAUGUAUACUUGCUAAAAAGGAUUUGGAUUUUGAAUUUACUGAACUAUCAUGGAUUGAAAAGCUUUGCCAGGAAAAGAUAUUCGAAUGCUGCGAUAUUGACAUUCCUUGUUAUAAUAUUACUAUCGUAUGCAUUUAUAGAAUACCGACAGGGGACUUGGAUAGGUUUUUUCUAAAGCUAGAUAGACUUCUUAAUAUGCUGACCAAAAAGUCUACAAACAAUAGACGAAUAAUAAUAUGUGGAGAUUUUAAUAUCGACCUGUUUAAAUCUAAUCUUGAUGCUGCUAAACAACUUGAAGCCACAUUACUAAGCUAUAACUUUAAGCUCCAAAUUAACGAACCCACACGCAUAACUGAACGAUCGUCUACUUGCAUUGACAAUAUAGCCACAAAUUUUGACAUUGAAGAUACCCCUAAAGUUCAUCACUUGAAUUUAUCAGAUCACUCUGCACAAGUAAUUGAAAUCCCAGCCAAUAUAAGAUUAACUCAAAAUUCUUGGUAUAUUCAGAGACGUGACUAUUCCAAAACAAAUUGCAACAAAUUUCGAGAAUGUCUCAAUAGUUUAUCGUUUGCUGAAGUAUUAAAUUGUAACGAUUGUAAACUAGCCUUUAAUCUUUUUCACGAUGAUAUACUCUUAUAUUUCAAACUUUGUUUUCCUUUAAUUUCGGUUCGGGUGAGAUCAAAUAAAAAGUUGAACUGGGUUACCAAAAGAAUGAAGACUGCUUCUAAAACUAAAAGGAAUUUAUUUAUGCAAUUGGUUAACACAAAAAAUAAAAACGAUAAAAAGAAAAUUAAAAGCCAUUACAAAAACUACUCUAGAAUUUUUAAGAAGUGCAUUAGACAAGCACAAAAAAACGAAAACACAAACUUAGUCUCCAAUGCAGGGAAUGUUGCCCAAGCAAGUUGGAACAUUAUAAACGCCAAACUAGGUAAAGAUAAACCCAACCAAAUGCUAGACGAUAUGAAUUUUAAAGGAGAAACGCUUAGUAAUCCACAAGACAUUACGAACGCUUUUAAUAAACAAUUUCUAAAUAUGGAGGAAAAUGAAUCCCAUAAACCGGAUAAUUUUAGAAAAGACAACAUUAAGUUCAAUAGUUCUACCAUCUACUUAAAACCAACAGAUCAAUUUGAAAUAACAAAGGUCAUAAAAUCGUUACGUAACUCGAAAUCAUGUGGUUAUGACGAGCUUAUGACGUCUGUAAUCAAAGAAAAUGCGGAGGUGUUGGCCUUACCACUCAGUCACCUCAUUAAUCUUUCAAUGAUGCAGGGUACGUUUCCCGAUAAAUUAAAGAUUAGUAUAAUAAAACCGGUAUUUAAAAAAGGUGACAAGCGUCAUUCAGAUAACUACAGACCUAUUGCAUUAAUUCCCAUAAUAUCUAAAGUGUUUGAACGAGUGAUGUAUUCUCGAAUGUUAAAUUUCUUUGAUAGGUUUGAUGUCCUAUCUAAUCGUCAAUUUGGCUUUAGAAAAAAUAGGUCUACAACGUCGGCUAUACUUGAGUUGCUAGAAGAUAUUGCUGAGAGCAGAGAGAAAAGGUUACCCGUGACAGCAAUAUUCAUGGACAUGUCAAAAGCGUUUGACUAUGUCCAACACAAUAUUCUAUUAGACAAAUUGCAUAAAUAUGGCAUACGUGGGAUCUGCGCGGACUGGAUAGAAUCGUAUUUAGUGAACAGGCAACAGUUGACCGAAACCACAAAAUACUGUCCUAAGACUCAAACUAUAGUAAAGUUUCACUCUGACGUUGAAAUUGUAAAACAGGGUGUUCCACAAGGCAGUAUACUUGGUCCGUUAUUGUUUCUUAUAUAUAUAAAUGAUCUACCUAAUAUUACUAAGCAUAAAGUAACUCUGUUUGCUGAUGAUUGUUCCGUUGUUGUUUGCUGCAAAGACCCUGCUACUUACGAGCUUGAAGUAAAUACUGUUUUCCAUGAUAUUAAUGUUUGGCUAGAAAAUAAUAUGUUAAGAGUUAAUUUAAAUAAAACAAAUUAUAUAGAAUUUCAUGCUCCUCAGGGUAACCCCACAAAUAUCAACAUUAUGUAUAAGAAUGUAAAGAUACAUAGCGCAACAUCUUUGCGAUUUUUAGGCGUAAUGAUAGAUUGUCACAAUAGUUGGGAAGUCCAUGUUGAACACUUAAUUAAGAAAUUAACUAGGUUUAUCUUUGCUCUGCGUAGAUUGAGGAAUAUCGCUUCCAGGCAAGCAUCGAUAUGGGCAUUUCAUGGCCAUAUAAUGUCCAACCUCCGCUAUGGCAUUAUCUUAUGGGGCAAUUGCAAAGACAUUAACAGAGUAUUUAAGCUGCAGAAAAAAUGUGUAAGGGCGAUCUGUAGCGCCCGAAGUAGAGACUCGUGCUUGCCGUUGUUCAAGGAAUUACAAAUACUAACGGUCCCCUCUUUAUAUGUAUAUGAAAUCUGUCUUUAUGUGAAAAAAAAUCUACACAAGUUUAAUAUACAAAAAAGCAAUCCGAGAAUAACGUCCAAACUCCAUGGCUUUAACUUGUGCUAUCCCAUUGAUCACAAAACAGCUUACUUUAGAAAGAGUGUGUUUUAUAUGUCUGUUCACACAUUUAACCACUUGCCUAAUGAAAUUAAAAUACUUGAACAACCUGAAUUAGGCCGUAAACUUUAUAAAUGGUGCCUAGAAAAAUCUUACUAUAAAAUAAGUGACCACUUUAUGUCUUCGAACAAUAAUUAG